AAGCAAUGAAAGACACAAACGAAAGUCUUCGUGACAUUUUGCCUAUGUCUCAAACUAAAGGCACAUAUAAGAAAAAAGUUGAAAAUAAAAAUCAUACCUUUAAAGAAGAACAAGAAUAUCACCAUGGAAAAGUUGUGAAUGAAGGAGAUGAUGGUCUGAAAGGAUGGAAAACAGUUAUGCCUCAUUCUCAUGUCAGAAAGCAGGCAUUGGCACGAACGGCGUCUGCACCCGUAAAAAUGCCAACUAGAAAAAAUGUUCAAAAACCUCUUGCAAGCAGUUUGAGUAAUAGUCCAUCAGUGUCAAACAGAUUAAUAUACGACAGAGAAGCUUUGUUGAGUUAUAGAUUCUCUCCCCACUCCAUGACUCCGCCAAAGGAUCUGCCUGAAAUCUUGGAAGCAAUUAAACCCGCCAGCAAAAGAUCCAGAAGAAAGAAACUAGGCAAAACUUUAUCCGGAUUGUCGAAUUGCUCUGAAAUAUCAACAUCUUCAGAUUCUGAAGUUAAAAUACCAUCGGAUUCGGAUGAAAAAAAGAUUGAAUGAAAGAAAUGUUGUAUAUUUGUUAUUAUUUGACCUGAGAAAAUGGAAUUGUUUUGUGGUACAUUAAAAAACUGAUAAAAUAGA